CGCGCAUCAGAGUGACGUCGCCUCCACUCAGACUUCCGUGUCGACAUGGCGGCAUCCGUGGCUUGGCGAGCUGCAGCGACUGGUUUGAGGGCAACCUCCUCCAAGCACCUACUUCUUCACAAACUCAAGCUUCAGCGCACCUGGCUCGGUUCUAAAAGAUGGCUGAAUCUUCAAGAGUAUCAGAGUAAAAAGCUGAUGCAAGAGUGUGGUGUGGCUGUCCAAAGGUUCUAUGUAGCUGACACGGCCUCUGAGGCCUUAGAGGCUGCAAAGAGACUCGAUGCCAAAGAGAUCGUGCUGAAAGCUCAGAUUCUGGCCGGUGGGAGAGGCAAGGGUGUGUUUGACAGUGGCCUCAAAGGCGGAGUGCACCUUACUAAGGACCCUGCUGUUGUUGGUGAACUGGCCAAUAAGAUGUUGGGUUACCAUCUAACUACCAAGCAGACACCUAAAGAUGGAGUGAAAGUGAAAACGGUGAUGGUCGCUGAGGCCUUGGACAUUAGCAGGGAGACCUACUUUGCUAUUCUAAUGGAUCGUGCCUGUAAUGGUCCUGUCAUGGUUGGAAGUCCCCAGGGAGGUAUGGAUAUUGAGGAAGUAGCAGCCAGCACUCCAGAACUCAUCUUUAAGGAAGUCGUAGAUAUAUUUGAAGGUGUACAAGAUGACCAGGCACUUCGCAUGGCAACUAAUUUGGGCUUCAAAGGAUCUUUACAGAGACAGGCAGCAGAUCAGAUUAAGAGGCUGUAUGAUCUCUUCCUGAAAGUCGACGCCACUCAAGUCGAAGUCAACCCGCUUGGAGAAACUCCUGAAGGGCAAGUGGUUUGCUUUGAUGCCAAGAUCAACUUUGAUGACAAUGCUGAGUUCCGGCAAAAAAACGUCUUUGCCAUGGACGACAUGAGUGAGAGUGACCCCACCGAGAUGGAAGCUGCCAAGUGGGAUCUCAAAUAUAUUGGACUGGAUGGAAACAUCGCCUGCUUUGUGAAUGGAGCGGGGCUGGCCAUGGCAACAUGUGACAUUAUUGACCUGCAUGGAGGAAAGCCAGCUAACUUCCUGGAUCUUGGGGGGGGAGUCAAAGAGAGGCAGGUGUACGAGGCCUUUAAGCUUCUUACUGCCGAUCCGAAGGUUGAGGCUAUUCUUGUCAACAUUUUUGGGGGGAUCGUCAACUGUGCCAUCAUUGCCAAUGGUAUCACCAAAGCAUGUCGAGAGCUGGAGCUAAAGGUGCCUCUGGUGGUCAGGCUUGAAGGUACCAACGUCCAUGAAGCCAAAAGGAUCCUGACCGAGAGCGGCCUGCCCAUCACGUCAGCCGACGACCUGGACGACGCUGCCAAGAAAGCCGUGGCCGCCAUCCGGAAGUAGAAAGAUGUCCUUUUCCUCAGCGACCUCAGGUGGCCUUUACUCUUUUGUCCGUUCAUUCUGAGUCAUGUGACCAACAUGCAGACUUCAGGACGGUAGCGUGAUAGGCGUGUUUUUUUUAUCGAACCGUCAUCAGCUACUUUCACACUGCAGCAAUGCUUUAUGAGCCCGAUUUUCUACUCGUAGUCCCUGUUGUCGCCUCGACUCUCUACGUUCAUUGGAAUAGAAAUGUAUUUCUUUUUAUUUCCCCAUGAAGAAAGUCAGGCAAACCGUCCUUUGGGCAGUGGUCCCCAACCACCGGGUCGAUUGGUACCGGGCCGCAGAAAUUUUUUAUAUUCAUUACUAAAUUGGCCCUAGUGUGUGAAUGUGAGUGUGAAUGUUGUCUGUCUAUCUGUGUUGGCCCUGCGAUGAGGUGGCGACUUGUCCAGGGUGUACCCCGCCUUCCGCCCGAUUGUAGCUGAGAUAGGCGCCAGCGCCCCCCGCGACCCCGAAAGGGAAUAAGCGGUAGGAAAUGGAUGGAUGGAUUUUUAUUUAAAAAAAAAAAAAAAAAUCUUUUUUUUUUUUUUUAAUUAAAUCAACAUAAAAAACACAAUUUACACUUACAAUUAGUGCACCAACCACAAAAACCUCCCUUUUUCAUCCAUCCAUCCAUCCUCAUGACAAAGAAAAAAAAAUGGAUCCCCCCGGGCCGCGGGACAAAUUAUUAAGCGUUGACCGGUCCGCGGAUACAAAAAGGUUGGGGACCACUGCUUUAGGGUACCUGUUUUUUUGUCCCCAUAUCGUCAGAGGUCCCUUAAAGGUGACUGUGUAGACAAUGAUGUCCCCAUUAAGUAAGCAUUACCAGAACACACACACACGCACAUACACACACAACAUUGAGAUCUUGAUAAAACACUUUUUCCAUUCUUUUUUUGAAACUUUUUUUUUUGUUUUUUUUUGUAGAACCAUUUUUUGGUAAUUGCUUCAAUUAAGUGGAUUUUUGGAGGCAUUAUCAAGCUUCACCUUAUCUUUUAUUCAACAUGGAAAAAAAUGAAAAAAAAAUAAUUCAACUUGACUAGACUGAAAGACAACAGUCCUGUUUAACACUCUUGUUUAUUUUGAUAUUUCUCCAUCCAUCCAUCCAUCCAUCCAUCCAUCCAUCCAAUAAUGUGUAUAUUACCAUUCAUCGAAUAGAUGAAGUAUACGAACUUAAAACGCUGUGAAAUUUUUUGAAGAGUACUCCUUCACUUAGUGAUGUAUAUUCAGAAUAUUGUAAAUCGGUGCCUAAAAGUGGUUUGUAAAAACGUUCACCUCAUUCUGUGCCAUUACCAUUUUCAUUCAGAUAUGUUUAAAAAGCAGCCACAACUAGUUUUGUAAUAUAUAAUAAAAUAAGUACCGUAUUUUUCGGAGUAUAAGUCGCACCUGCCGAAAAUGCAUAAUAAAGAAGGGAAAACACUUAUAUAAGUCGCACUGGAGUAUAAGUUGCAUUUUUGGGGGAAAUUUGAUAAAACCCAACAGCAAAAAUAGACAUUUGAAAGGCAAUUUAAAAUAAAUAAAGAAUAAGUGUACGUUAUAUGACGCAUAAAUAACCAACUGAGAAGGUGCCUGGUAUGUUAACCUAACAUAUUAUGGUAAGAGUCAUUCAAAUAACUAUAACAUAUAGAACAUGCUAUACGUUUACCAAACAAUCUGUCACUCCUAAUCGCUAAAUCCCAUGAGAUCUUAUAUGUCUAGUCUCUUACGUGAAUGAGCUAAAUAAUAUUAUUUGAUAUUUUACGGUAAUGUGUUAAUAAUUUCACUCAUAAGUCGCUCCUGAGUAUAAGUCGCACCCCCGGCCAGACGAUGAAAAAAACUGCGACUUAUAGUCCAAAAAAUACGGUACUCCAGAUGGGUAAAGUAUGCAAGUGUUAAAAGCCAAAAAGUGAGCAAACAGAUGUAACCUUAAUAUAACCGAAUUUAAAUAAUUAGCCAAUGUUAUUCGUGGAAAUGUGUCAAAUUGAAAGCUGUAAAACAAUAAAAACAAUUGAUAUCCUA